AUGCGGAAGGCAACUGCCGUCGCACUAUCACCUUCUGUAGCUAACCUAUUGGCAGCUCAGCGGAUGCUCGAUCUCGAAGAACCACUUGUCAAAUCGAAGAAGUAUCCAUUUUUCAAAACCCCUAGGAUCGGCUCACGACGAAUUCGAAAUCGGCUCGUACAAAAGCAGGGAAUAUGCAACAUUAGUCUGAAAAAUGUUCCAAAGCAACGGCGGAAAUACUUCAGUGAGCUCCGCUUCGGAAACAUAUCCGUAAAUUUUGGAGUAAAAAAAAAUCAAAACAACGAGAAUUUAGCUUCUUGCAGUGAUAUCUUCACAACGGUUAUUGAAAUGAAAUGGCGAUGGUGCUUGCUCUAUUUCUCAUUGUCUUUCCUUAUUUCCUGGACAUUUUUUGCCUCACUUUACUACUCUAUUGGUAAACAUCAUGGUGAUGUAGAUAACCGAUUCAAUGUCAGUUGGACACCUUGCAUUGUUAAUGUACAUUCGGAAAUCAAUGCCUUCCUCUUCUCAUUUACCACACAAACGACUAUUGGUGAGUUAUUUAAGCUUUACAGGAGAAUUUCUGCAAAAAAAGAGAAUGCCUUAGUACCAGUUUUUCUUCACUUAUCUCGUUUUUUUUCAGGAUACGGCUUUCGGUAUCCAACUGAUCAAUGUCCACUUACGAUCAUCACAAUGUGUGUACAGUUUAUGUGGGGAGUUAUGACCCAGGUGAUCUGCAUGCGUGAUGGCAAGCUGUGCCUUCUUUUUCGAGUUGGAGACAUGCGAAAAAGCAGCCUCGCUGAGGCUCACGUUAGGUUACAGACUAGAACAUUUGCUAGUUUAUCUUCGAUUUUCAGUUAUGACCAAGGCUUAGAUAGGAUUUUUGUUAUAUGGCCAAUUACAAUAUGUCAUGAAAUAGAUGAAAUGAGCCCACUUUAUGACGUGGGAGAAGCAGAUCUCAAGAAUGCCAAAUUCGAAAUUAUUGCUAUCCUUGAAGGGGUUGUCGAGAGCGUUGGCUCAACAACCCAAGCCAGGACAAGCUAUCUACCUAGCGAAAUACUUUGGGGAAAAAGAUUUGAGAAGUUGGUGCAUUAUAAGAAGGAGAACGGUCAAUACAAUAUUGACUUCUGCAAAUUUCAUAACGUGUAUUCGGUUAAAACGCCAAGUUGCAGCGCAAAAGAACUGGACGAAUUACGCAUGCGCGGACAAUUCGAUGAAUCCGAAUAUCAGAUGUAUCCACCGUCUGAUAAUCGAAAUCUCGCCAUUAUCUCAGACGACUCCUUAUCUCCUUGUCAAGAUGCCAUUGAGGCAAACCAGGUACCACAGGUCAAUAGUGUUGACCUUGGCAUCCACCACAAAUGCUCACUACGUUCUCAGUCUCCAGUUAUGAUGAAUGCCCUUGCGCCACCCAUUCACAAAGUAUCCUGUGUUCGCCGAGGUAGUCAAUAA